UGUCAGACAUUACUUAUGAGAGGAGGCAGAGGACCCUCGCCGCCACCACCAGUGAGGAACGAGGCGACCAGGAGGGGAAGAAGGGUUUUAUUUUUUUAUAUGCAAGCGGGGUGACAAGAGAGAGACCCUCCUGUCUGUGGGUCGGCCGCUGAGAGAACAUGAAGAACCAAAUCACCAAUGCCCUCUCUGACUUCUUCUUCGAGUACGAGACCCCGCGCCAGGUGCUGGUGAGGAACAGGAGGGUGGGAGUGGUGUGUCGGCUCAUCCAGCUGGGGGUCCUGGCUUACAUCAUUGGGUGGGUUUUCAUCUACGAGAAAGGCUACCAGUCCACGGACACGGCAGUCAGCUCCGUCUUCACUAAAAUGAAAGGCGUGGGCUACACCAACGUGAGCGGAAGCGAGAGAGUCUGGGAUGUGGCCGACUACGUCUUCCCUCCUCAGGGAGACUCCUCUUUUGUAGUGAUGACCAACUACAUCAUAACAGAGGGUCAGAAGAUGGGAACGUGUCCAGAGCUCAAAGGCAAGCACAACUGCAAGUCAAACGCCGACUGUGAAGGAGGGAGUUUCAAACGUACGGGACAUGGACAAAUGACCGGAGUCUGUGUGGAAUCCACUAAGACCUGUGAGGUGUUGGCCUGGUGUCCGGUCGAGGAUGAUCACGACAUCCCAGAUCCUCCUCUGCUGAUGUCUGCAGAGAACUACACGCUGUUCAUCAAAAAUUCUGUAACUUUCCCCUUAUUUGGCGUCACAAGGAGCAACCUGGUGGAGGGCAUCGAUGCCGACUACAUCGGCAAAUGCCUUCACGAUCCAAAGAAGGCUCCACUGUGUCCCAUAUUCAGACUGGGAGACAUAGUCAAGCUGUCCGGCUUCAGCUUUGAAACAAUAGCCAAAGUGGGAGGGGCCAUUGGUAUCGUAGUUGACUGGACAUGCAACCUGGACGUGGAUGUGAAACACUGCAAACCACAGUACAACUUCCACGGUCUCUAUGGAAACCCUGACGAGACGGACAAAGCCAGAGCGUCCGUGGGCUACAACUUCAGGUACGCAAAGCAUUACAUGGAGAACGGAACUCAGAAAAGAACCCUUCUCAAAGUGUUUGGCAUCAGGUUUGAUAUCAUCGUGCAAUCGCUGGCGCGGAAAUUUGACAUCAUCCCAACACUGACGGCAAUAGGCUCCGGAGUGGGAAUCUUUGGAGUGGCCACCGUAGUGUGUGACUUGGUGCUGCUCUAUUUGCUACCAAAAAGAGAAUUUUACAAGAACAUGAAAUUCAAAUACACAGACACACACGCGCAGCAGGACAGCGAGUCGCUCGGUUUAGACACAAGCGUCUAUUACACCCUCGAAGCAAAUGCAAGACAAGCCCAAGGCACUGCCCAGUCCAACGAUCCCGAUUCAGAGGCAGGUAGCACAGAGACUGAGGUAUCUAAAAAGUGACCUGGGAGCAAACAAGCCAGUGCUGCUUUGGAAGGUGUUCUGCGCUGGAACUCUGCAAGAAAACGCACACACACACUCUAAAUGGACUCCUGAGACGGGAAAAGGACAUAAAUGACAUUGUGUUUGUGUCUGAUCUCCAGCAGCAUCGUCUGCCAACAACAUCCUCCCACUCUUAAAGUCGUCCUGAGCGACUGUGACUCUGUGUAGAGCCACAGACAGCCCAGUGAGCUGUAUGUCUACUUCUUCUUUUUUUUUUUUUUGUUGGGUGUAGCUCGGUUUGCUUUUGUUCAUACUUUUUGGGUGUAACCUCCACCUCUUUAACCGUCUAUCGGGUGAAAGAAGAAUUUCUGGCACUUCUUCGGUGCUGCUGUGUGUGUGUGUGUGCAUGGAUCGUCCGUUUAUCUCACUAUCUCACACCUGAAACGUGGACGGAUGUGAGUGAUUCAUCCCUCCGUGUGCACCUUGUGAUCAACAGUGGAACUCGAUGAAAUAAAAACUUGUACAGCAA